AUGGCUGGUAAUAACCCCAAGCACUUUAACCUCCAAGACGACCCUUUCGAGCUCUUCCUCCUCGGAGAGGGUGAGAAGAAGAUCGAGGAGAAGGUGUUUUCUGGCAUGUCCAACACCUCGGACUUUGUUCUUAUGAAGGAAGACCAUACUCUCGGAAACCUUCUCUCCGAGCACCUCAAGGCGCACCCUAAUGUCUACAUGGCUGGGUACAAGAUUGCUCAUCCUAACGUCCCGGAACUUUUUAUUCGAGUGCAGACGGACGGGACAAUCACCCCUCGCGAUGUCUUCACUUCAGUGUGUGAGAAGCUUAUCAACCAACUCGAGAUGUUGCACCAGGAGUUCACACGAGAGUGGGAGUUGAGGCGAAUCACAACCGCGGGCGAGCAGGGCAACAUGCAGAACGGCCACUAA